UGCUAUAAACAUGGGUAUGCAUGGAUCACUGUGACACAAUGUUUUUAAUUCUUUCAGAAGGAGAAUAGCUGGUGAUGUAGACAGAUGCCAGUGCCUCACUAACCCCAGAGGGUGAGCGCUUAUAGGGUUCAGCUAACGUUCCCCCAAAUCUCAUUCUAUGAGAGGUUCUGCCUAUGCCCACUGGGAAAUACCCCACUCUGUCUCCAGCAUCUUGUUACUUGGGGACGUCUAUGUGUGUACAGGAUUUUAAAGACACAGGUGCCAGCCCACAGCGAUCUUCAUUCUAGGGUAGAAAUGGAGUUAAAGGUUCCUAAGACUCCAGGAGGUCUCUGAGUUCAAGCUGCAGGUCAGUUCCGAGAGCUCUCAGCUGCAGGAAGGGUGUGUAUGGCCCCUAACUACGAGACACACACAGUCACACUGUGGCCUUGUGAUGUGGAGUAACUGUAGGAUGCACACAAAGGGUGCUUUCAUCACAGCAUAAGUUAUUAACUUAAACCAAAUGCUCUUGGGACUUCUUUAUUCUGUGAAGGAGUUUUUAUAAACUUCCAUGAUACUUCACCCAAUUCUCCCUUGUUUACUUUCAUUGAGAGAUUUCAAUAUUUUAUAAUUUAGUCUCUUUCACCUUUGGAAAUAAACCAGACUUGGGAGGAAUGUUUUGUCAGGGUUUUGGAUGCAUUCAGUGUGCUGGGUGAUUUAUGAGGUCAGAGCUCCGUUUAGGGAAGUAGGUGGAUGGAGCCGAGCCUGGCCGGGUCUGCACCAGGCCUCCUGAAUCUUGCCGUCCUGGUUCUGGGCUGUGUCUCUGGUAGACUUCUGUGGGUUUUUUUUUUUUUUUUUGGUACCGGUGAUCGAACUCAGGUCCUUGUGCUUGCCAGGCAGGUGUUGGAACCGCUGAGCUAAAUCCCCGGCCCUGGGCUGUGUCUCCAUCACGGGAGCAUGCAGCAAUCAGCGUGACUGUCACAGCAUCAGCACAGAAAACCUAGGCUGAGAGGAGUCCUGGAAGAACCCCAGAGCUUCCAAAGGACACCUGAUUAGAUCAGGGAAUGGGUCCUGCCAGAGCAUCACCCUGGUCCACUUUGGGCAGAGCUGGCCCACUGCAUGCACACAGCUGGUGUGUCUUGAAGUUCACACGUAGUGGAUGCCAUGAAGGAACUGUCCAGCAGCGGUGUGGAAUCCACACAGGGAGACAGCUGGCCCAGGGGUUCAGUGUUCAGCAUUCAUUCUUGCCCACGUGCUCUCCUGAAUUUCUCCUGUUUCCAUUACUGUCCUACUUGGGAGGAAGCUGAGGACUGUCCCAGGUCUUGCUGUGGAAGCCAGGCAUUCCCCCAGGGUCAGGCAGCCCCUACGUUGCUUCCUGGGAAGGGGACCCACUGUUGGGCAGUAAGGUCUCUGGCCUGGCAAUGAAGAAUUACAGAGUCUGAGCUGUACAGGGAAACACAUUCCAGUCUUGAGCAGAUGGAGCUGACUCUAUGGCAGAAAGAAGGAAGUGUAGAGCUCUGUGACCUAGGAGAUUCCCUGGAUCAACUGAUUCCAGAGCUCUCUUAAGCUCGGAAUUCCAGGUAAGGGUUUUAAUUGUCUUACGCCAGGCUGAGUUGGACUUUCCCUUCCAUAUCUGUGACUCUUUUGGGGUAACACAAAAUGAGAAUUAGUAUCUCUAAGUUUCUUUCGCUUCCAUUCAUACCCCUUACUUAUGGCCAUUAAUUUAAGACUAUCUCAAACUGCUUCUUCUUUUGGAUUGGUUUACUUUAAAAACAAACACCUACAGAGAGAGCAGGAUGCCUGGCUUCUGAGCUGGGACCUUCCUUGUGGUAACAACAAAAGAGCGGUGAGCACCAGACAUGGAAGCCACAGCAGAUUUAAAAAUGGAUGAUAUUGAGAAAGGCAAGAGUUUUGUACAGAAGGGUGCCCAGUGCCACACUGUGGAGAAGGGAGGCAAGCACAAGACGGGGCCAAAUCAUGGUCUGUGUGGGCGGAAGACAGGUCAAGCUGCUGGAUUCUCUUACACAGAUGCCGGCAAGAACAAAGGCAUCACCGGGGGAGAGGAUACGCUGAUGGAGUACUUGGAGAAUCCCAAGAAGUACAACCCUGGAACAAAAAUGAUCUUUGCUGGCAUUAAGAAGAAGGGAGAAAGGGCAGACUUAAUAGCUUACCUCAAAAAAAGCUACUAAUGAGUAAUAGUCACUGCCUUAUUUGUUACAAAACAGAAACGUCUCAUGGCUUUCUUAUGUGUACCAUAAUUUAAUAGAUCUCAUACACCAGAAUUCAGAUCAUGAGUGGCUGACAGAAUAUUUUUGUUGGACAGUCCUGAUUUAAGUAAAAUUGGCUUAUAGUUAAAUGGAUAUCUUUUUUUUUCAAGUUUUGAUAGUAAUUCCAGCUCAGUAAAUGCUAUCACUGUUUUCCCUUUCUAAAAAUAUGGUUGGACUUGAUUAGUAAUGUUCAGCUUUUCACAAAGAUGGAGAAUGUUAUCUCAAAACCCACUGGAGGCUGGUUUUAUAUUUAGAUUCAUACAUAUAACUGGUUGUGUGAAUAUGUUUAAAUACCAGGGAAAUCCUUCACUGUCUCACAACCGAGCAAGACUCCUGUUUCCGUUUGUUUAUUAGCUUGUAAAAGACAGUGGUUGAAGACAAGGAAGGAACAUCUAUAUUUUUUAUCUUGACUAUGCCAAUUUAAUUAAAUUCCCUGUAUCUAAAGACUGCUGCCUUUUACUUACUGAAAGGCAUUUUAGUUUGGUGUAUGUAUAAUACGAAAUAAAGGAUAGUUAACACUUCUCACCUUUUAUAGUUGAUCUGUAAGUUCAGAUCCUUUUACAAGCAUGAUACAAAAGUAAGUUAGAUUUUAUUUUUGAAUUCUUUACUUUGGACUAAGUUAUUAUUCAGGAUAGUAUUUAAACAGCUAUUUAAAAACACAAGAUUGAAACUCCUGUUGUAUGUGUGAUCGGCAGUGGUGCUUUUUGUCAGCUCAUUUAGAAGGACUAAAGUGGGGAAGGUACAACAUCAGCACAAAUCUGUGUGUGACCAUAAUACUUAAUUAAAAACAAAAUCAGAUUAAAAACCCAAACACAUGUACAUACAUACACACACACUUUCUGUGGUGAUUAUUGAGCCCAGGGCCUUGCACAAGCUAAACACACACUCUACUUCCGAGCCACACCCCUAACCUUUCUUUUUAAAUAUUGUUUUAAGCCCCGGGGCCAUGUGGCAGAACAAAUGACAGUCAUAAUAACAGCUAAUGUUUGCUGUAAGUUUGCUGCCUGUGAGGCAUUCUCUCAAGCAUUUUAUGUGUCUAUUUUGUCAUCUCUACAAUAACACGCUGAGGCCAGGACUGCAGUUUCCCUGUUUUGAAGAAGACGGUGACAGAGGCAGGGAGAGGUGCUCAGGCCACACCCCCCGUGGAGGACAGGACCCCGGUGGAGCUGCCUGAUGACAGAAUUCCACACCGCAUGAGAACAUUAAGAAAACCCACUGAAGAUCAGCUGUGUGCUUGCACUUCCCUACACUGUCUUGGUAAGGACCAGGAGUAAGAGGUGCCAUUGGGCUUCUCUAUGAGGUUGUUUGCUCCUCACCUCUUGAUUUGUGAGCAACAACUAAAAAUGAAGAGCAGGAGAAAGCAAGACCUAGGCUGGCCACGAGAGGCAAGGGAGAUGCUCACAGGGACGGCAGUGGCCCCCAGCUCCCCAGCAGAGGUGGACCUGAGACGGGAAGUCAGGAUGACGCCUCCCUCUUCUCCCUGACAGCUGGUGAGUGUGUGUGUGUGUGUGUGUGUGUGUGUGUGUUCCCAACCACAGCCACCAGGAUGCUUCCCUUGCUUCCCAAGAGUGGCCCUAGCCGCUGGCUCUAGGGUCUUCCUACCACCUCUGUGAUGGCCUUUCGGCCACCGUCUAGGCUGCCGUGGCAGGAGCUGUGAUUUAGGGACAGGACUCAGGGGCUGCUGCUGCCUCUCUGAGGAGUGGUAAAGAUGCGCCAGACAGGGCAAAGACUGGGAAGGAAGGGGCCCACUUCCACUUCCCGCUAAAGUCCUCAAGCUCCAAUGAGGACCCCUCUUGGAGCCUCCACGAAAGUGGCAACAACUGCAGCUUCAGCUCUGCCAUUCGCAGAGGUGGGGGAUCUUCGAUAAGCCAUGCCUCCCUUACAGUCUAGAAGACUGCCACCAUGAUAUGUCCUGGGUAUCUCACAGCCACUUGGGAGACAUCUGCAUUGGCUGGAGCAGGCCUACUACACAGAUCUAUCCCAGGUGACGCUGCCUUGCAACCUCCAGAUGACUGCACUCCCCUCUGUCAUGACUCCACAAGUCCCCAUGUAAGUCCAUGACAUGCAGGAGACUGCACACGUGUGCCUGCUGCUCCUCUGUGUAAGCAGCAGCCCUCAUACUUCAGCUGGUCCAGGACACCCCUCCUACUCUGCUGCACAUGGGCUCCAGUAGAGCACCCCACUUGCUCAGGUGACCUGGUUGCCUACUCAUGAUUAGUAUCUUGGGAAGAGUAGGGUGAGUGGGUGGCACUAAGAAUGAGUUGGCAACACUGAAGGCCUUUAGCCCAGAAGAACGCUAGAGCUCGAUGGAGCAGCAAAAAGCUGAGAGCGAGGGAGACCUGCACAGAUCUGCAAAAAAGCCCCAGGGAGGCUAAGAGCCCCAGAAAGUUGCCAAAGGGGUAGGAACUGCAGCUGAGGAGCUGACAGGUGGCUGGAAGGCACCAGGAGCUGCUAAUGCUUAAAGCUUAGAGCUGCAACACUGAGACCCUGCCUCUGGCCCUCAGGCACCUUUUACUCAAACACUUUCCCACAUAAAUGAGCCACCCUGCCUACAUGCACACCUCGGCUCAUGGGGGUACCUGCAAUGUAGAUUUAUGGUGGCACAGGCUUUCAGGCAUGUCCUGUUCUCAGAGACAGCCUGAACAGCCUGGUGAGCAGGGUUGGAGGUAGAAUGAAUCGGGUGUUUUAAAAUCUACGCCUACCCCUGCAGCUUCCCUAUCAGGGCCUUUGCUUUCUCCUGUUUUGCCUCUGUCCCUUCCCUAACUUCUGAGUUUUCUGAGACUUUUCUGAUUCCCUUUUACAAUUGGACUUAAUUUCCUUUUGCAAAAGUAUUUAUGACUCUGGUUCAAAAUGAUCUUUCCUUGUACAUCAAAAUAUGAUCUUUUUAUUUGCUGUUUUUGUUUAAAGCCAUGGUAACGUAAUUGAAUUACUGUUGGGAGUAGCUGUUUCACAGAAUUUAAGAAAACAUCGAGCCAAAUCUGUUUGACACAGCACUUCACAAUGCUGGGAUUAAAUCCCUUUUGAUACAUGUUUUGAUUGUUGAAAGAUGGAACCAGGGAAGCAGUCUUGAGAAGUACUGGCUGGCGUCCCCAUGCCUGCUGCCCAGGCCUGGCGAGGCCAGUUCUGGUGACCAAGAGGCUCUGGUGGUCAGCAAGCCGACCUGGCUGCGACUCCUCACAGGCUCCCCCGUCCUUCUGUGCCUCAGUUUCCCCAUGCUCCUGGGGACCUGCUAGGAAUCACCAUGGUUCACUGCCUGCAGUUGCUUGGGAGGAGCUGAGUGAGCGCUUGGUGAGGGGUGAGGAGCAUGAGAGGGUGCCUCCCUCAUUUCCUGCUGUGGUUGGAAAUGUUUGUCCCUUUGACCCCAUGUUGUCAUUUAGUCAUCUUUGGAACAGCAUCAAGAGGCAACCAGGCUGUGGGCCUUGUCCUCUGACUGCGUUAGUGUCACUGUCAAGGGUGAAAGUCAUCCCUGAGGCACUGGGCUCCUUGUAAAAGGCCAGCAGUACCCACGCUCUACCUCCCUCCUUCAUCACUCUGGCCCUGGGUUCUUUCUAUCCUGUCAGCUUUCACCAUGGGAGACUCAGGAAGAAUCCAUCCCCAGAUGCUGAAGCCUCGGCUCUGGGUUUAGCAGCCUCCAGAAUGUGAGGAAACUGGUCUCCAUCCUCUGCGAAUCACCCACUCUCAGCUCUUUUUUUUUUUUUGGUACCAGGGAUCGAACUCGGGUCCUUGCGCUUGAGCAGCAGGCGGCGAAACCACUGAGCUAAAUCCCCGGCCCAGUCUCAGGACUUUGUUACAACAACACAGAAUAUGAGGUGCCUACCCGGCUCAUCACACUCUUACACAAGUGCUCAGCCUCCCGUUUGGAACCACAGCCAUGCCCAUGAUCUAGUCUUCAAAUUACUUAUUAUUGAUUCAAACUUUUUUUUUUUUUUUGGUACUGG